UCCGUGCAGCUCGAGCCCUCGCUCGGAGGCUGUUUAUUAUGAGAGCUCGCGCUGAGCGAGGAGCUGGGUUACAGCAUGUGGAUGGAGCUGAAGAACAGGACCAGCACAGUUUAUGACGAGCUGCGAGACGGAAACCUGUCUCAGGUACAUUUCCCGGGUCCUUCGCAGGCUUCCCUCACAAACUUACUCCGAAAUGGGUCAACAGUGGCAUCGCCAGCCCCGCUCACAGAGACCCCAAAACGUAGUGGGAUCAUACCAGGUUCGAUAGCUGCUGCGCUGUUCAUAAGCUUCAUUCUGGCUCUCUAUACAGUUCUGUGGAAAUGCAUGGUCUCCCCACCCAGAAGGGGGAAGAGGAAAAGGAUCCUGAAAGGAGUGAGAGGAGUCUGAUUUACCAAUGUCUUGCUAAGAAUCAGGCUUUUGCUCUCCAGAACCUUGGGUGGUUUUCUUUUUUUGCCCCUGAAUUUCCUCGGAUAGUGAACAUUUAUGAAGAUAUGACAACCACUCAUUCUUCUGGGAGAUGGGUCUGUAAAGACCUUGCUUAUGCUGAUUCGACCUGCCAUAAUCUUCAAGCCCGGACAAGACACUCCAGCAGUCAGAAUUACACAACGGCUUUAUCAACGGCCAGUUUGCAAUGCCCUGCUAACUGGCCUCCCAGCCUGCGUAGUAAAACCACUCCAGAUGAUCCAGAAUGCAGCAGCACGUCUGGUCUUCAACCAGCCAAAACGGGCACAUGUCACCCCACUGCUUAUUGAGCUCCACUGGCUACCAGUUGAUGCUCGCAUCAAAUUCAAAACUCUUACAAUCGCCUACAAGGUGAUGACAGAACAGGCUCCUUCCUACCUGCACUCGCUCCUGAAGGCUUACGCUACCUCACGGCCGCUGCGCUCCUCCAAUGAACGUCGCCUCGCUUUGCCAAACAAACAUUCACACAAAGCAAUCCAGACUGUUCUCAUACAGAGUUCCCCAAUGGUGGAACAAACUACCUUCCACUACCAGAUCAGGAGAAUCUCUCACUAUCUUUAAGAAACUCCUGAAGACAGAGCUCUUCAAAGAGCACUUACUCUCCUAACACCUCUAACACACUAACUACUUCUAACCCCAUUUCCUUCCUCCCCUCCUUCACUUCUCUAUCCUUUUAUUUCCCUUCGACCUCCUUUAAGCCCUAUCUAAAAUGGGUUAUCUAAAUUCCUAUUACUUUUGUAAUUCAUUAUUGUAAGUCGCUUUGGACAAAAGCGUCUGCCAAAUGAAAUGUAAUGUAAUGUAAUGUAAUCAGCGGUAGUUUGGGAUGUUAGUUAAUAAGGCAGGUAAUUGGAUGGUGGUUCUGGCACAAACCCAGUCCUGCAGAUGCAUUGCUCCACAACCGCCACUAGAUGGCAGUGCGCUCCAUGUUUGAGCAGCCUUGUUUUUGUGGCAGUUCCAGGCCUGAGGGAUCAAUAUGAAAUCGAGCGUAAACGCACAUGAUGAUCUCAAUGAAAGGUGUUGUAAAUAUGGUGUAAAAACUGCUUUGUUGGUCUGAGAUGAUGAUGAUUGUGGUUUAGGAGGGAAGCUUAUUUGCUCCGAGGGAAAUUUAGCCAAGAUUUUAGUUUCUCCCAAAUAGCACCUUUGGCCACACUGAACUCUGAACCAGCAAUAUUUCAAUCACUGAGCACUGAGCACAGAGCACAGUGUUUGUGUGUGUUUGUGUGUGUUUGUGUGUGUUUGUGUUUGUGUGUGUGUUUGUGUGUGUGUGUUUGUGUGUGUGUUUGUGUGUGUGUUUGUGUGUGUGUGUCUGUGUGUGUGUGUGUGUGUGUGUGUGUGUGUGUGUGUGUGUGUGUGUGUAAGAGAGAGAGAGAAAAAGAGUGAGAUGGUUGAAAAAUGAUUAAUCACUGCUGCCAUUUGAACUCUUUAUUACUGUGUUUUUCAGUCUGCUACUGUAAUAAACAUAAGAGAUUAAUCUUUA